CAGUUGUAGUACGAUGGCAGGCAGCUGCUGGGUUGACACGUAACUAAAGUUAAAGGUGCUAUGGAGGCCUCGUCUGGGACUUGAGUUUUUUUUACUUUUCCCCUUAAAAGCUUCUUUUUGGAUUGAAAAGUUGACAUCUUAAAGCCUCGGAUUGUGUUGCAUCUGUGCAGCAGAGCAGCGAGUUUGAGGGAAAAAAAAUCUGAGCUGCUACUUUGAAGAGUCACAGUGGAGAGAGUCGUGGAUGUGCGAAAAUAAUGUUUAUUAUCAGCACUUAGCUCGUGUUUUUCUGCCGUGGAAAUGCUCGGGGAGUGAGGGGAGAGGAGGUGCUUCUUCUUCGUGGAGGUAAAAAAAAGUUGGAGUUGUAUCUGAAGUUUGCAGCAGCAGAGACGGGGUUUUCUGUCGCAGACAGCGGGGAGGGGUGCGGGUCCAACAUGGGAAGCGGGGUGUGCUCCCGGAGGCAGCGGAGGAUCUUCCAGUGUCUCCUGCUGGUCACCGUGGUCUGCGGGAUCAUGUACGGGGGGAUGAUCUCCUACGAGGUGCACAAACAGCUCAGGAGGACCGAGGCGAUGGCUCUGAAGUACCAGCAGCACCAAGAGUCGCUCUCGGCUCAGCUCCAAGUGGUGUACGAGCAUCGCUCCAGGUUAGAGAAGUCUCUUCAGAAGGAGAGGUUAGAGCACAAAAAGGCCAAAGAAGAUUAUCUGGUUUAUAAGCUUGACACACAACAGUCACUGAAUAAGGAGAAGCAAGACUCCAACAGCAGAUUCAACUCUCUACAAGUGCAGCAUCAGAUGCUAAAGAACCAGCAUGACGACCUGAAGAAGCAGUUUUACGAUCUGCAGGAGGUGCACCAGGUCCAGGGCGAGGACCACAACCGGCUGCUGGACGAACACAAAGACAACUACGAGAAACUGCAGCAGGUCAAAGAGUCAGAGGUCUCCCACCUCAAAGAUAACGUAUAUAACCUGAGGGAGGAAAAUAAGCAGCUGAGGAAAGCUCACCAUGACAUUCACACACAGCUACAGGAUGCACAGGUUCAGCAUCAGAACCUGAAGUCGGCCCACAGCCAGCUCGCACUGACACUGGAAGACCACAAGAGUGCGCUGGCUGCAGCUCAGGUGCAGGUGGAUGAAUACAAGCAGAUGAGGGAUUCCCUGAACAGGGCAGCAAAUCUGAGACAGCCUGAUCAAAACCCUGUCCCCCAGCAGCAGCAGCAAGCAGCUGCCGUAGCACCCGAGUCCCAUAUCCAUGAAGCCCAACGGGCCACAAUACUGGAACAGCCACAGAGAGAGGAGCCCGCCCAUGAGGACCACCACCAGGAACAUCAGGACACAGAGUCCAUGUUGAACCAUCAAGAGAGGGACACGCAUGCCCAGCCCGAGAUCGAGUCCCACCCCACCGUAUCCCAGCACACUGUGUCGGACAAAGAGGACGAUGGAGAGGGAGAGGCUGAGAGGAGGAGGGAGCUGGCAGAGGAGGAGAUGGCUCAAGCCGGACAGCCUCAGAAGCUGGAGGAAGACCCGGACCAACCACAGGACGAGCAGCAGGAGGAAGAGGAGGAGCAGCCAGAACAGGAACAGCCGGACGAGAACGCCCUGGACCGACAGAGACGCCAGCCACAACCGGGUCUCCAUCCGGAGCCGCAUCAGGACGCCCAGCAGCAACAGCACGAGGCGCACGCCCAGGUGGAGCGGGUGAAGUCGGCCUACGAGCAGCAGCAGGAGCAGCAGCGCCUGGAGGCUCAGAGGGCCAAGGAGCGCCAGCAGAUCCACCUGCGUCAGGAGGCCCUGCAGGUCCACAGAGACAAGGUGCUGAAGGAGAGGGAGCAGAGGCUGAAGCAGGAGAAGGAGAGAGAGCAGCUGCAGCACAAGGAGGCCGACAAACGGGAGCAGAUGAUGAGAGAGGAGCACCAAAGGAAGAGGACCGAUUACGAGAAUAUGGACAAUGAUAUUGUUCAAGGAGAAGAUGACCGUCACACUGACGAUGAAGAAGACGCUCACAUGUUACAUGAGGAUGAGGAGGAGAACCAAGAAGUGGAUCACAGAGUGCCACAUCAGCAGGGCGCUGCUGGGGACCUGGACCCCGAGGACGACCCCAACAACCAGGGAGAGGACGAGUUUGAGGAGGCCGAGGACGAGCGGCCGCAGAACCGGGUCGCAGGAGACGAGGAGGAGGUGGUAGAGGAGGAAGAGGAGCCGGCACCGCCAGCCCAGCACAAAGACGUACGCCCGGGCCCCAAACAACCUGCUGUGGAGGAGGAACUGGUGAUGGCGGGAAACCCAGAUCAACAGGAAGACACGCUGGAUGACCAGUACCAGGAGGAAGUAGAGGACGAGGCGCAGGAGGACAUAGCUGGUGGGCAAAAGAGAGAGGAGGAGGUGGAGGAGGAAGGAGAGGAUCCAUAUAACGAGGAGAACAUAGAACAGGAAGAAGUAAAACACCAGGAGGUACCAAGGCGUGAGGGGGAGCACAGAAAAGAGGCAGAGAAUAACGAGGAAGAGAAUUACGAAGAGGAAGAAGAGGAACUAGAGGAGGAUACGGCUGGUCAAAACAAGGGAACCAAUCGGAGGGCAGAGAUGUGAGACGGACGCAGACUUUGACCAGUUGCAGUGCCUUUUCGGCUGCCCAUAGAGCCUAUCGGGUCUUUCUUUCCCUCGUUUCCCAAAGGAAUAAAACCAGCCAUCCAUUCAGAAUUCCAAUUAGGAAAACUGGGAUAUUAUGCCUGAGACAUGGGAUGCUUUUCCAAACACUGUGGGGUGGAACUGAGCAGCUUACACUGUGGAAAUGGACAGAAUUUGUCGGGCGGAAAUGGGAUGUAUACUGUAUAUUUUUUUUUAUUCAUUUGCUUUCCUGUCUGCCUGAUCGCCUGCCUGGUUCUGUUUUUCAACAGCAGACAGGCAGAGAAUGUAUUUCUACCAAUAUGCUGUCUUUGAGUAUGUGUAAAGAAAGCAAAGAUAAAUUAUGUUAUUCUGAUGUGCAGGCCUUUAUAUGUAUGUUUUAUGCAAACAAUUGUAUUCUUUGUAGAGUUGAAAUUUUUAAUUUACAUCUUGCAUUCCAAUCGAUCAAGUCGUUUUCUGUUAUUUAUUGUUGAUUGUAACUACUCUGACAAUCGUAAAAAAAAAGGUGCAACAUUUCUUUAUUUUUUAUUUCCCUCGACUGAACUAGUGGCUUUUACCAACUAUUUGAAGCGGACACAGGAGUAUUUCCACUGGAUAUUUCUGCAAAAUGCCAGUCAAAAAGACAUUUCUGGUGAAGCCGUUCUGUGCUGGAGGUGUCACUCUGACAUGUGCCUUUCCGUUCUUGGAAACCUCUUCUAGGUCUUACUCAUUUUACAUUUGGAAAAUCAUUUCAAUAGGACAGGAGAGAUAAGAGUUAGUGCUGAGCCUCUUGCAUAUUGCUUCAGCAUAGCCUUAAAUGGAGAGCUAUUUCAAGUCGACUGCUGGUGUGAAUUCAAUUCACAAACCGUAAUGCAAUUUACUGCAAAAUCUUUAGUCUGCUGUACCAUGUAUAGUAAAACAAAUGCUGACAAUUUGUACAAUUUUUCCACCAGUUAUAUUUGAUACAAAAAAAGUGGGAUUUUGAUUGUAUUGAAUGUUUGCCACUUGAAUGGUGAGUGUGUGGAAAUAAAGAGGUCAAAGGAU